GCGCGGGGCCGAGGGCAGCGCCGCGGCCGCCUCGCAGGAGCUCAACAACAGCCGGCCCGCCCGCCAGGUGCGCCGCCUCGAGUUCAACCAGGCCAUGGACGACUUCAAGACCAUGUUCCCCAACAUGGAUUACGACAUCAUCGAGUGCGUGCUGCGCGCCAACAGCGGCGCCGUGGACGCCACCAUCGACCAGCUGCUGCAGAUGAACCUGGAGGCCGGGGGCGGCGGCGUCUACGAGGACAGCUCCGACUCGGAGGACAGCAUCCCCGCGGAGAUCUUGGAAAGGACUUUGGAACCUGAUAGCUCCGAUGAAGAGCCCCCACCUGUGUACUCCCCGCCGGCCUACCACAUGCACGUGUUUGACAGGCCUUACCCGCUGGCCCCCCCCACACCACCUCCCCGCAUCGACGUGCUGGGCUCUGGACCCACUUUGAGCCAGAGGCGCUAUCGGAACUGGAACCCACCACUGCUGGGCAACCUCCCCGAUGACUUUCUCCGCAUCCUGCCCCAGCAGCUGGAUAGCAUACAGGGUAACCCCGGGGGCUCCAAGCCCGUGAGCAGAGAGGGAGGCCUGCCCCCCACACCCGGGCCCGGGCCCGGUGACCAGGAGAGCCGCUGGAAGCAGUACCUGGAGGAUGAGAGGAUCGCGCUCUUCCUGCAGAAUGAGGAGUUCAUGAAGGAGCUGCAACGUAACCGCGACUUCCUCCUCGCCCUGGAGAGAGGUGGUGCACCGGAUCGAUUGAAAUAUGAGUCCCAGAAAUCCAAAUCCAGCAGCGCGGCUGUGGGCAACGACUUGAGCUUUCCCUCUCCUGCUCCAGGAACUGGUGAUGCCAACCCCGCUGUGUCUGAAGAUGCCUUAUUCAGGGACAAGUUGAAACACAUGGGAAAAUCCACCCGGAGGAAGCUGUUUGAACUGGCCAGGGCCUUCUCGGAGAAGACCAAGAUGAGGAAGUCAAAGAGGAAACACUUGUUGAAGCAUCAGUCGCUGGGGGCUGCAGUGUCAACAGCCAAUCUCCUGGACGACGUGGAGGGCCACACUUGUGAUGAAGACUUCCGGGGAAGGCGACAGCAGGCGCCCAAGGUGGAGGAAGCCCUAAGAGAAGGACAGUAAAAGAUGCCAGCAGUUCCUCCACGCUGGAGAUGAUCCAACCCGGUGGAGGCAGCCGGAGAGCAAACCCGGCCCCCGGCUGAAGAGCCCAGCUGCAGCCGGACAGGUGGUGCUUGAGUCCCGAGGCCCAGUGAUUCUCGGGCCACAGUCCAGCCCAGCCACUGCCACUGCCACUUUCCAUGGGACUUGGAACUUCGGAGUUGCGUGCUGUGAUUGGAUGAAGGACCUGGGGGUGGCAGCCAUCUAUAGCCCCUUUUGUAGCCAGGCUGUUCUAUGGGCAAAGAGGGGAAAUGCAGGAUCCAACCCCCCUUCUUAAAAAAAAAAAAAA